AUGGCUACGUCUUCCACACCUUCCAAAAGGGUGGCCUUGGCCCCCGUCAACAUCAACAUUAGCUCUCCUUUACACAGAGGGAAAUCUAGCUCCGGCUUAAGUGGAUUACCGCCAAACUUUGCCUCCAGAAAUGGAUUGUCCAAAUCGGCAAGCAUGAUUCUUCCUUCUCGGACCAGGCUUGCUCCGGCGCGUAAGCUCGAGAGCUUUUCCGAGUACAAAAUUUCCAACAACAAAAAUGUCAAGGCAGACUUAGCCGCCACCAAAUUGAAACUUAGGUUACAGUUGGCUUUCUACAAGCUCAAGCUGAAAAAGGACGCGCUGAUGGCUGCUUCGCCUACGAUCCGCGUUUGCAAGUCCAAGGCACCUGCCCCAAGAACUUUCCACACGUCGGCAAACAGAAACUUGAAGAAAGUGGAACCAGCUACCAGGCUUCCGCUGUUGAAUACCAUAGCAUCGCGCAAACCCUCUGGCAGCUUGCGCUUGUUCCACAUCAAGCCUCUGUCGUCUUUCCACAACGCGUAUCCUCAGCUGCUCCCACUAUCCACACAGAGACUCCCAUCAGUGCAUAAGAUCUUGAAAACGCCAAUGAAAGCCACGUCGAGGAUGGUUCUCCAAAACAACGCCAACUCCAAUAGCGACGAAACCAUUGACGAAACAGUGGACGAGGUAUCUACAGACUUGCGCAAAGGCAAGGAAGACAUCUUGGGUUCAUCUCCUCUCAGACACAGCAGCUUUGGAACACCGAGCAGCUUUUCUGUGGCAAAGUCUUUAUUACAGCUUGGCCUGGGAUACUACUGA